AUGGCUGUAGAUUCAAAACAUUCUGCUCUUCAAGUUGCUUCGCUUUGUUGUGAAAAUCAAACCACUUAUCCACAGAAGCAAGGUAAUAUUUGACAGGACUUUCCCCUGGAGCUCAAAAUCUCAGCUAACUUUCUGAUUUUCGGUUUUUAUAGGUACCUAUUCUUGGCAAGCAGAGCUUCGUGAUAUUCGAGAUUGCAUGAAAAUAAACGACAUUCUCGAACGAAGAAGCACUGAAAUUCGUAAACUUUACGAGGAGUGCCAAGAUUCAUGUAAGUUUAAUUUUCAAAUUCUUCUUUUUUACAACAAGUGUGUUGCGUAUUCAGCUGUAAGAUUUCCGUACAGCCGCAUACAUUUAAGCUCUAAUUAUUACGCAUGCAUGUUUUGACAGAUGACUGUUUUGAGUUUUCACACAUUUCACAUUUCAUACAUUCAUAUGUACGGUAUUUUAUGUUGCUUUUCUUCUUCUCUUCGCCGCGAGGAUUUCUUUUAUUUUUCUCACCACGAGGAGCACGAGACACGUGACGUUGCCAUCCUUUUCUGAUGGUUGUGAAGAAUAAACAUCGUUGAUUUGAGAAUUCAACAAAUCAGCUAUACAAAUCUGAUUGAUCCCAAAAAUACAUUCCCUAUAUUUAGUAUAAACUAGUGUUGUGUUUGAUUUAAAGUGUGUAGUAUUUGUUGUUUGUAGCAUUUGUGAAAAAAAAUUGUGAAUUUCUAUACAGGGGCAAGUUUAAUAAACUGUAAUUUACAAGUGUGCGCCCAUUGUUUGAGUGUCUAAAAACAACACUUGUAAAUUAUAAUUGUAAUAGUUUUAUUAAAUUGACCCCGAGUUUAAAAAUCAAUGAAAUAGAAACGUAUUGAUCGCUGGCUUCUUUUUACAGUGGAUGAAUGUCGUCGUCUUGAGGCGGAGUGGUUCGCUUUAGUUACAGAAAAAGACAAAAACUUUCGGCAACAAAUUGAAGAGGUAAGUAAUAGAUUAAGCUUGGCAUACAGGCUGGUUAAUAUCAAACUUAAGGCUUUAAGUCACACAAAAACCAAGAAAUGAGGUCUCGGGGGAGUUGUGUUGUUUUUUAGAUUUGUCUUUUGCUUUAUGUAAUUUGUGGUGGUAUAUACAGAACAGGAAGAAAGAUGGUGGGAGACCAAUGUUUAAAUAUAAGACUACUAAAAUGAUACAGGGUGCAUUGAUUCCAUUUUGAUGAUCAGGAUCAGGAUUAGUGAUCCCAUCAUCCUGAAGAGACCCAGGAGUGAUAGUUGAGUCCUUGGUCUCCAAGGAUGAGAUCACUCGAAAGAAAGCACAACAAAGGAGACAACAAAGGGUUGCCCAAAGAGGAUUUAUUGUUCCCUUUGAUACAUUAUGAUCUGAGUGAUCUGCAUCCCUGAUCCUGAUCUGGAAUGCACCAAAGGAAAUGCAACCAAUGUCAAACCUCCAGAAUUCAAACACUGGUGAGGAAAAACCUGGUGUCAAUGUUAUGGGAGUCCUCAUAUUAUAGCUAUAGGGAUUUCAAGAUGUUUGGUGUCUUUGGCACCAAGGGAACUGUUUGUUAUUAAAAAUAUUAUCAUAGAGGUCUGCAUGGGGAGAGCUUCAUCUGUAAAAAUAGUCAAGCCAAGGGCCAAAUAACUAAAAGCAUUGUUUUUCUAAUUCUACAGGAAAAUGAAGAAGCCAAGAGGAAUCAGAUGAAACAACUGUACGAUGUCCUUCAAUCACUGGCAUGAAAGUCAAAACUAUUUGGUUUACUUCGUCAAAACUUCGCUUUGGACCGUUUCUACAUGGUGGUCUAACCCUUUAUGACGGCUUCUUUACUGUAUCUGUAGUGUUUUUUCAGGUGUCUGUGGAUGAAAUCAAAUGAAGUUCAUGAUGAAAAUACCAGUGCCACACCCCUACCUCCCCAGGUACUCAUUCCACCUCCCCCGCCACCACCCCCUGUGGGAAAUUUGGCAGCUUUUUUGGUAUCAAACAGAGCUCUGAAGGAAAGAGGUUCUCAAAGUCACCAGAAAAAGAAUUUCGAACCAGUCAAACCAGAUCCAGCUACACCAGGCAAUCAUCUUAAUGAAGAGCUCCUCAAAAGAAUAAGAAAUGGGUGUCGUUCUGAACUAAAGAGCACGCCAGUCAAACGUUCGCCUGGUGGCACGCCACUAAAAAGACAAAGACGGAUGUCUGAGAGUGAUACUUCUGAUUUGAUAACUGUGGCACUAAAGAGGAAAUUCCAACAUACAAUUUUCCAUAGCCCUAAAGAAAGUGAUUCACCACGAUCUGUUGUGUCUCCUGGAGAUAUAUAUUAA